AGAAAAUUUCAGUUCUAAGUUGUUGUCUGAUUUGCUAUAUCUAUGUAAAUACUUCAAGGUAUCUGGGUUGUGCCCAGUCGAAUGCAAUGUGCUGUUUGGCGCCGACACCUUCUGCAUAAGCAUUGAGCGGCAGGACAGUGUCAUCGUAUAUCAUACAACACAUCUAUAAUCUGGUGCCUUAGAUACAACCAAUUUAGUGGACAUGACGGAUGCACGCAGUGAGAAGCAGAAGAUGCUGGAUGGCGACCUCUACAUCGCAUUCACUGAGGAACUGACAAAUGAUAGGCAAACCGCUAAGGCAAUCUGCUGGGAAAUCAAUCAAAUGCAUCCCAGUAAGACAGGCGAGCGCAAUGCACUGGUGGAGAAACUAUUCCAACAGAAGCUAGACAAUGUGCGGCUUGAGCCGCCCUUCUACUGUGACUACGGCUAUAACAUCAGUGUAGGCAAGAACUUCUAUAUGAAUCAUGGGUGUUGCAUCCUGGACUGUAACUUAGUGACAUUUGGCGAUGAUGUGCUGUUUGGGCCUGGUUGCCAAGUAACUACGGCCACCCACCCUACAGACGCUGAGGCACGGGCCAGAGGGGAUGAGUAUGCCAAGCCCAUUACUGUGGGAGACAAGUGCUGGUUCGGGGCAAACGUGACUGUAUGUCCGGGUGUAACCAUAGGCGAUAAUGUGGUGGUGGGUGCAGGUGCAGUUGUGACUAAGGACUUGCCCAGCAAUACGGUUUGCACUGGGGUGCCUGCCAAAGUGAUCAAACAUAUUACUACAGAGCAGUAGAUUGGAUAAAUUUGAAGGAUAGGUGAACUAAGUUUUAGACAUCUCUGAAGCGCAGGAGAACUAAAUCUAGGACAUCUCUGAAGCGCAGGCGAACUAAGUUUAGGACAUCUCUGAAGCGCAGCAGAGCUAAGUUUAGGACAUACAUCUCUGAAUGGCAGGAGAAUUAGGUUUAGGAGAUCAUUAGCAAAGUUGUAGUACAAUGUACCGUAG